UCAAUAAAACUGCAAACAGUUGUCUUUACAUGGCUUGAAACAGCGUGAUUUGUUUUACUUUUUCCGAUGAACAAAAACGAACCAAAUUCGCCAUUGCUCCCACACAAUGGCUGUUGCAGAAGAAGUUACAGUCUUCGCUGAGACUAACUUGGGAACUAGAAUCGUCAUGACUGUUCCUUUGGAUAUCACAGCAGCAGAUUUCAAGAGAAAACUCGAGAAGACACAUGCAAGUUGCUUCUCGAAUGUAGGGGAGAUACAAGUUCAUGGUCUGAUGGUUAAACGAAAGUCUCGCUUUUACUACCUUGUCGAGUCUGUGCCUAUAAAGUACAUCUUCGGGGAUAACCAAAAACCUUGGUUUAUCCAUGCAGAAGCUAGAGUUGUAAGCAGAUCACAAGAGCCAAGCAUAUCUAACAGCAUUGAUAAAACCCACAUUAGACAUUGUUCCGGUUCUGAUAACUCCAUCGAAGGAGUCACUGCGUUGAUCCAAGGGAGGAAUCCUGUAGACCCUAUAAGCGAAAUGAUAUGCAAGAAAGUAACAGUGGCUGCAAACAACAUCAGAAUGCAGGAAAGACUCAUAUUUCUUCGUCACUAUCAUCAUCUAUUGUCAGAACUUCGUAGGAGAAGGGCUUCGGAAGUGCCUUCCAAAAUCAAAUCGUUCAUCAAUAGUGUUACUUCGGUUCCACUCGAGCUAAUACAAGAACCCCUUGCAUGUUUUCGCUGGGAAUUCGACAAGGAUGCUGUUCUGCAAGUUCUCCGAGUUAUCAGACUUGUUUUAGAGAAUUGCACUAACAAACAUUUUUACAGUUCGUAUGAGCAGCAUCUUUCUCUCCUACUUGCAUCUACUGAUGCAGAUGUUGUUGAAGCCUGUCUGCAGACGUUGGCUGCCUUUUUGAAAAGGCAAAUUGGGAAAUACUCCAUAAGAGAUGCGUCCCUGAAUUCAAAACUAUUUUCCCUUGCACAAGGCUGGGGGGGAAAAGAGGAAGGCCUUGGCUUGACGUCAUGUGCCACAGAAAACAGUUGUGACCAGGUUUCUCUCCGGCUAGGUUGUACUCUUCAUUUUGAGUUUUAUGCUUCUGAUGAAUCACCUAGUGAGCUUCCUGGCGGUUACAAGUUAUCCAUGUACCUGAUGUCAGCAUGCGCGCAGAGAUCGAACUCGGCAGCCGACUGUUUAACUACAGUCACUUCUGGCGGGCAUCGUGGUUUGCUAUCUGGCUUAAUGCAGAAAGCGAUUGAUUCUGUUAUUUGUAAUACUUCAAGUGGUCUCUUGCUUUUGCGGAAGCCUUGUUAUCCCUUAUUACAGUCCUGGUUUCAUUCAUCGUCUGGAUGUUCAGCCCUGCGAGAAGCUGGUCUUAUUCCAACCCUAGUGCCUCUAAUCAAAGAUACAGAUCCCCAGCAAUUGCAUUUGGAGAUUGUUGUUAAAAGCGUUGUUACGGCAUAUCCCUUGGAACUUAUGCUCCUGAUUCAGCUGGUUAACUUCUGCCUUCUUGAUGCUAUAUCUGAUGAGGUCAUCUGCUCUGCAGAAGCCAUAACAUGCAUUCCGCAGUGUCUGGAUGCUCUGUGUCUCAACAAUAGCGGUCUUCAAGCUGUGAAGGACCCGAAAUGCCUUGGAUGUUUGCCACCACCUACUAAGUCAGCGGAUUGUGCCUACUGGUGCUGCUCCUGUUCCUAUGGGAAAUUGACGUUGAUGAGAAGAGCUUGGCAGUUUCGGAUGAGGCGGAACCAGCUUCGACACUUCUCCAGCAAAAAUGAGCUGUUUCUUCAAGAUUGUGUGUGCAAUGUUGCUCGUCUCUUUGAACAGUUCUUCAGAAUGCGGAAGUAUGUUCCCUGUUUGUUGAGAGAAAAAGGAAUUGAUGCUGUUUUGCAGCUAUUCUCUUUACCUCUUAUGCCUCUAUCAACCUCUCUUGGUCAAAGUUUUUCUGUCGCUUUUAAGAACUUCUCCCCUCAGCAUUCAGCUGGUCUAGCCAGGAUAGCAUCAGCUUCAGUUAUCUCAGAAUUGAGUGCUGCGGAUGCUGAUGUACUGAAAGAACUUGUACUGCUGAAAGAGAGAGUGAUGAGGAUUCAAGCAAUGCUUCAGCAGUUAGAUACACAAACCCUGUUAUCCAUUAGAAGUAGUAGCUCUCAGUCUAUUUGGGGUGGGGAUCGCGAAUUCUGUCUGUUGUGCGUUUCUGGCGAAGCCCUUGUGAAGGGAUUUACCUCUGCUAAUCGUCGCAGGAUUGAUGGAGCAUCAUUAAGUUCAGCAUCUAAGACUCUUGGUACUGCCUUGGCUAAAGUAUUUCUUGAAGCUCUUAAUUUCGAGGGGUAUGGUGCUGCUGGGCAUGAUAUAUCUCUGUCAGUGAAAUGCCGGUACCUUGGAAAAGUGGUAGAUGACAUCACUUUCCUGACAUUUGAUACUCGAAGGAGGGUCUGUUUUACAGCUAUGGUGAAUAGUUUUUAUGUCCAUGGAACAUUUAAGGAACUUCUCACCACAUUUGAAGCUACAAGCCAGUUGCUUUGGACAGUGCCGUUUUCUAUUCCUGCAUCUAGUACUGAGAAUGAGAAGCCAGUCUCAGGUUUGGAUGUCUUACUACCUAUAUGGAACCACCCUAUGUUUCCGAUUGCAAUCCUAAUUUGUUUGCUUCAGUUACCUCCCUUGUUACACAUAUAUACUCUGGUGUUGUGGAUUGAUAGCAAAAUCGAAACCGGUGUUACCCGGGGGUACAAACCAAGAGCCUUGCCUCUACAGCCUGACGAAACCAUUGUUGGUAUGAUUGUUGAAAUGGGAUUUUCAAGGUCAAGGGCUGAAGACGCGUUACGAAGAGUUGGAGCAAACAGUGUUGAAAUGGCUAUGGAUUGGUUGUUUACGAAUCCUGAGGAUCCUGUACAGGAAGAUGACGAAUUGGCUCAAGCACUUGCACUAUCUCUUGGAAAUUCAUCUGAAACUCCAAAACUUGAGGAUACAGAAAAGCCUGUAGAUGUUCCGCAGGAAGAAGCAGAGCCAAAAGAACCACCUGUUGAUGAAGUUAUUGCUGCAUCAGGAAGAUCGGCCAAAAUCGUGUCGUAUCUUAUUCAGCAACUGAAGCUUGUACAACUUGAUUUCUCCAAGGAUACUGGUGCUUUGACUAUGAUACCACACAUUUUAGCAUUAAUACUCUCAGAAGAUGAUAACACACGAGAAAUUGCUGCACAGGAUGGUAUCGUGACCGUAGCAAUUGGUAUCUUGACGGAUUUCAACCUUAAGAGUGAAUCUGAAACUGAGAUUCUGGCUCCAAAAUGCAUUAGUGCUUUGCUUCUUGUCUUGAGCAUGAUGCUGCAGGCACAGAGACUCUCGUCUGAAUAUGUGGAAGGAAAUCAUGGUGGAUCUCUAGAGCUGAGCGAUUCUCCACAAGACUCAACAGCAGUUUUAAAGGACGCGUUAUCUUCAGAUGUUGCGAAAGGGGAGCCAAACCAGGCUUUGGAAUCGAUUUUUGGAAAAUCUACAGGCUAUCUGACCAUGGAAGAGGGUCAUAAAGCUUUACUAAUCGCCUGUGGCCUCAUAAAGCAGCGGGUUCCAGCUAUGAUCAUGCAGGCUGUGCUUCAGUUAUGUGCCCGUCUAACGAAAUCACAUGAUUUAGCUCUCCAGUUUCUGGAAAAUGGAGGCUUAUCUUCACUUUUUAAUCUUCCGAAAAAAUGUUUUUUCCCUGGGUAUGACACUGUUGCAUCUGUUAUUGUACGACAUCUUGUUGAAGAUCCUCAAACUCUCCAAAUUGCUAUGGAAACAGAAAUACGACAGACCUUGAGUGGGAAGAGACAUAUAGGUAGGGUAUUACCUCGGACAUUCCUGACAACAAUGGCACCUGUAAUUUCAAGAGAUCCGGUUGUUUUUAUGAAAGCUGUGGCUUCAACUUGUCAGUUGGAGUCAUCAGGAGGGAGGGACUUUGUGAUACUAUCAAAGGAAAAAGAAAAGCCAAAAGUUUCUGGCAGAAAAUGUUCAAAAAGCCACAGAAGAGUCCCUGCUAACUUCAUCCAAGUUAUUGAUCAGCUUAUUGACAUUGUCUUGAGUUUUCCUAAGGUGAAGAGGCAGGAAGAUGAUGAAACCAAUUUGAUUUCGAUGGAAGUUGAUGAGCCGACUACUAAAGUGAAGGGUAAAUCAAAAGUUGGUGAGCCGGAGAAAGCAGAACUUGUGUCUGAAAAAUCUGAAGAAUUGGCCAGGGUAACAUUUAUUUUGAAGUUGUUAAGUGAUAUUGUUCUCAUGUACUUGCAUGGUACCAGUGUUAUACUGAGACGGGAUACAGAAAUAUCUCAACUUCGAGGAUCCAAUCUACCUGAUGAUUCACCUGAAAAUGGAGGGUUAAUUUACCAUGUCAUUCAUCGAUUGCUUCCUAUAUCUCUCGAAAAGUUUGUUGGACCUGAAGAAUGGAAGGAGAAACUGUCUGAAAAGGCUUCCUGGUUUCUGGUUGUUUUGUGCAGUCGUUCUAGUGAAGGGCGUAAAAGAAUAAUCAACGAGCUUUCGAGGGUUUUAUCCGUAUUUGCUUCCUUGGGAAGGAGUUCUAGUAAAAGUGUUCUAUUACCUGAUAAAAGAGUUCUUGCUUUUGCUAAUCUGGUUUAUUCGAUCUUGACAAAGAAUUCAUCUUCAAGCAAUUUCCCUGGUUGUGGCUGUUCACCUGACGUUGCGAAGAGCAUGAUAGACGGGGGAACUAUCCAGUGUCUGACCAGCAUCCUUCACGUGAUUGAUCUUGACCACCCUGAUGCUCCAAAGCUUGUCACUCUUAUUCUUAAGUCUCUUGAAACACUGACGAGAGCUGCAAAUGCUGCCGAGCAGCUAAAAUCAGAAGUACCAAACGAGAAAAAAAACACAGAUUCUGAUGAGAGGCAUGAUAGUCAUGGAACUUCAACUGAGACUGAAGUUGAUGAGCUGAAUCAAAAUAAUAGCAGUCUACAGCAAGUAACAGAUGCAGCAGAUAAUGGACAGGAGCAGCCUCAAGUUCCCUCUCAAAGCGAAGGUGAAAGGAUGGAUUUUAUGCGAGAAGAGAUUGAAGGUGAUCAAAUCGAAAUGAGUUUUCAUGUUGAAAAUAGAGCUGACGAUGAUGUAGAUGAUGACAUGGGCGAUGAAGGGGAGGAUGAUGAAGGAGAUGAUGAAGAUGCAGAUUUAGUGGAAGAUGGAGCUGGUGUUAUGUCUCUUGGUGGAACUGAUGUGGAAGACCCUGAAGAUACUGGCCUUGGAGAUGAAUAUAAUGAUGACAUGAUUGAUGAAGAUGAGGAUGAUUUCCACGAGAAUCCUGAGCCGUUUGAAGGUGUGAAUGUGGACGAUCUGUUUGCUCUGCGGAGACCCUUGGGCUUCGAGCGUAGACGUCAAACAGGCAGAUCUUCUUUUGAUCGAUCUGGCUCAGAAGUACAUGGUUUUCAGCACCCGCUCUUCUCCAGACCUUCACAAACUGGCAAUGCAGCAUCAGUUUCUGCAAGUGCUGGCAUUGAUCCUUUCAGUGAUCGUUUAGGAGGUGGUGGGGCACCUCCUCCUUUGACUGAUUAUUCUGUUGUGGGUAUGGAUUCAUCAAGAAGAGGGGUUGGUGAUAGUCGGUGGACUGAUAUAGGUCAUCCUCAGCCAAGUAGCCUAUCUGCUUCAAUUGCCCAGUUGAUAGAAGAACAUUUUAUUUCCAACUUGCGUGCUUCUGCUCCAGCAGAUACUGUUGUCGAAAGGGAAACUAAUACCACAGAAGUCCAAGAGCAGCAGCAGCCGGAUGCUGCUCCAACUGUUGGAAGCGAAACCGUUUUGGGUGAUAGUAACGAAGGUGGUCAACAAUGUGAAGAACGUGAACUGAUAAAUAACAAUGAAAAUGUUAAUAACCCACCUGAUGCAACGGAUGGAAGUUUGUCUCAAGGUCAAGGUAAUCUAGCUUCUCCUGUCAUCCGAGAUGGAGGUGAAAGUCUGCAGCAGCAUGACGUUAUGCAGCCUCUUCCUUUAAACAGUACACCGAAUGAGAUUGAUAGAAUGGAAGUUGGGGAAGGUGAUGGAGCACCUAUUGAGCAAGCAGACCGUGAAGCAGUGCAUCUUAUCUCCACUGCUCAGGGUCAACCUGAUACUUCCAAUAUGAGUAGUGAUGGUGCAGAGGGAAAUCAAAGUGUGCAACCUUCAUCUUUGGACGGUGACAACAAUGAGCUCUCAUCCAUGGAAGCUACACAAGAUGUGAGGAAUGAUGAACAAGUUGAUGAAGGUAGCUUGGAUGGUAGGGCACCUGAAGUAAAUGCCAUCGAUCCUACAUUUCUGGAAGCGCUCCCUGAAGAUUUGCGGGCAGAAGUCCUUGCUUCUCAGCAAGCUCAAUCCGUCCAGCCUCCAACUUAUGAACCACCUCCAGUAGACGACAUAGAUCCUGAAUUUUUAGCUGCGCUUCCCCCAGAUAUCCAAACAGAAGUUCUUGCUCAACAAAGGGCACAAAGGAUGGUACAGCAGUCACAAGGACAGCCAGUUGACAUGGAUAAUGCUUCAAUUAUUGCUACUCUACCUGCUGAUUUACGAGAAGAGGUUCUCUUGACUUCUUCAGAAGCAGUUUUGGCAGCUUUGCCUUCACCAUUACUUGCGGAAGCGCAGAUGCUCAGAGACCGAGCAAUGAGUCACUAUCAAGCUCGUAGUAGUGUUUUUGGAAGUAGCCACAGGCUGAAUAAUCGGAGGAAUGGUUUGGGUUACAAUAGACUGACAGGGAUGGACAGGGGUGUUGGAGUUACUAUUGGUCAGAGAGCUGUUUCAGCUUCUGCAGAUGGCUUGAAAGUAAAAGAGAUUGAAGGAGACCCUCUUGUGAAUGCUGAUGCCUUGAAAUCACUAAUCAGGCUAUUACGACUAGCACAGAGGCUUCUUUUAAAUCUAUGUGCUCACAGCGUUACAAGGGCAAACCUAGUUCAAAUUUUACUGGAUAUGAUUAGGCCAGAGAUGGAAACAUCACCAAGCGAGUUGGCGAUAACUAAUCCGCAAAGGCUCUAUGGCUGUCAAUCAAAUGUUGUUUAUGGUCGAUCCCAGCUGUUGAAUGGUCUUCCUCCUUUAGUGUUCCGUCGGGUGCUUGAGGUUUUGACGUACUUGGCCACGAAUCAUUCGGCUGUUGCUGACAUGUUGUUUUACUUUGAUUCGUCACUUCUAUCCCAGUUGUCAAGCCGAAAACCCUCUGUAUGUGAAGGCAAGGGUAAAGAGAAAGUUACUCAUGUGACAGAUUCCCGGGAUCUGGAGAUACCUCUGGUUGUCUUCCUAAAAUUGCUUAGUCGGCCUCAGCUUUUGCAGAGUACAUCUCAUCUUGCGCUGGUCAUGGGCUUGCUGCAAGUAGUUGUCUACACAGCAGCGUCCCGAAUUGAGGGUUGGUCUCCCUCAUCGGGAGUACCUGAGAAAUUAGAAAACAAACCUGCCGGUGAAGAUGCUUCAAGUGAAACACGAAAAGAUGGUGAAUCUGAGCUAGUGGGUGAAGCUGAGCUAUCUGUUGCAAGAAGGAAGAACUGUGCUGAAAUAUAUAACAUAUUCUUGCAGUUGCCACAGUCUGACCUCUGCAAUCUUUGCAUUCUUCUUGGAUAUGAAGGGUUAUCGGAUAAAAUUUACUCGUUAGCGGGAGAGGUACUGAAAAAGUUGGCUGCCGUAGAUGUUGCUCAUCGCAAGUUUUUCACGAAAGAACUCUCAGAAUUGGCUAGUGGUUUGAGUGCCUCAACUGUCCGUGAGCUGGCAACACUAAGCAGUACACAGAAGAUGAGUCACAGUACAGGUUCAAUGGCAGGUGCUUCAAUUCUCCGUGUUCUGCAAGUGCUUAGCUCACUAACUUCCCCUAUUGAUGAUAGCAAUGCGGGAACCGAAAGGGAAACAGAACAGGAGGAACAAAACAUUAUGCAGAGACUAAACGUGGCAUUAGAGCCCUUGUGGCAGGAACUUAGCCAGUGUAUCAGCAUGACUGAGUUGCAGCUCGAUCAUACUGCAACUACAUCAAAUGUAAACCCCGGAGAUCAUGUUCUAGGGAUCUCUCCUACGUCCUCUCUCUCUCCAGGAACUCAGAGGCUCCUGCCUCUUAUUGAGGCUUUCUUUGUUCUCUGUGAGAAGAUUCAAACUCCGUCAAUGUUACAGCAGGAUGCAAAUGUGACAGCGGGAGAAGUAAAGGAGUCGUCUGCUCAUGGUUCCUCAUCUAAAACCUGUGUAGAUUCUCAGAAAAAAACUGAUGGCUCUGUUACAUUUUCAAAGUUUGCGGAGAAGCAUAGGCGACUUUUGAAUUCAUUUGUUAGGCAAAAUCCAAGUUUGCUGGAGAAGUCCCUUUCAAUGAUGCUCAAGGCACCAAGGCUGAUUGAUUUUGACAACAAGAAAGCGUACUUCAGAUCAAGAAUAAGGCACCAACAUGAUCAACAUAUUUCUGGGCCAUUGCGUAUUAGUGUCCGCCGAGCUUAUGUGUUGGAAGAUUCAUACAACCAGUUACGUAUGCGCUCCCCACAGGAUCUUAAGGGACGUCUGAAUGUGCAAUUUCAAGGUGAGGAAGGUAUUGAUGCCGGUGGUCUAACCAGAGAAUGGUAUCAGUUAUUGUCAAGAGUUAUAUUUGACAAAGGAGCGUUGCUCUUCACUACUGUUGGAAAUGAUGCCACCUUCCAACCGAAUCCCAAUUCUGUUUACCAAACUGAGCAUCUAUCAUACUUCAAAUUUGUUGGUCGCAUGGUUGCAAAGGCAUUGUUUGAUGGGCAGCUUUUGGAUGUCUAUUUCACUCGUUCCUUCUACAAACACAUACUCGGUGUGAAGGUGACCUAUCAUGACAUUGAGGCGGUGGAUCCUGAUUACUACAAGAAUUUGAAGUGGCUAUUAGAGAAUGAUGUGAGUGACAUACUCGACCUCACAUUUAGUAUGGACGCAGAUGAGGAAAAACACAUUCUUUACGAAAAGACUGAGGUGACUGACUACGAGUUGAAACCUGGUGGACGAAACAUACGGGUAACAGAAGAAACAAAACAUGAAUAUGUUGACCUUGUGGCCGGCCACAUACUUACCAAUGCUAUUCGGCCUCAAAUCAACGCUUUCCUCGAAGGCUUUAAUGAAUUGAUACCUCGUGAGCUAGUAUCAAUUUUUAAUGAUAAAGAGCUUGAGCUUCUAAUAAGCGGGUUGCCUGAGAUUGAUUUUGAUGAUCUAAAAGCCAAUACCGAGUACACCAGCUACACGGCAGGAUCCCCUGUUAUUCAUUGGUUCUGGGAGGUUGUCAAAGCUUUUAGCAAAGAAGAUAUGGCUAGAUUUCUUCAAUUUGUCACUGGAACAUCAAAGGUUCCUUUGGAAGGCUUCAAGGCACUGCAAGGUAUUUCUGGCCCCCAAAGAUUACAAAUCCACAAAGCAUAUGGAGCUCCGGAGCGGCUGCCAUCAGCUCAUACAUGUUUUAACCAACUAGACCUCCCUGAGUAUCAAUCUAAGGAACAACUUCAGGAACGCCUGCUACUUGCCAUUCACGAAGCCAGUGAAGGUUUUGGGUUUGCUUGAAGAAAGCUUGUCAAAACCCGUCACCUUAAGAAUCAGUGAAAACCCAUCAACCCUUCAUUCUUUUGACUCCUCUGUACAUAUCUCGAAGAUUUUCAGGCAGGAUAAGGGAGAAAGAGCUUUUGAUUAAGACUGCAGAAUGAAUAGAAAACGCAAGU